AUGUUCCUCUUUCUUUUACUGAGCGUGUGUGGUCUGCUGCUCCGGGCCGAGGCCCAGGGCGCCGCCUCCCUGUGGAGGGGGAACGACGGCGGCGGGCGCUGCCACUACACCUUCAGCGUGGCCAGCCCCGCCGAGGCCAGCUGCCCGGGGGCCGGCGGCCCGGAGGUGGACGGCCUGAAGGCCAGGCUCGGCCUGCUGGAGGCGGCGGUCGCCCAGCUGAGCGGGGGGGGCGGUCAGCGGGGGCCGGCGGCCGGGGCUCAGCCCGAGCUCCAGGAGACGCUGGAGCGGGUCACGGGAGAGCGGAACCUGCUGCGGGGGGAGAAGGAGCGUCUGGAGAAGGAGGCGGAGGGGCUCCGGCGCAGGAUGGAGGAGAUGAGGAGGGAGACGGAGAGGCUGAGGAGCAGACCCUGUCCUCCCCAGACCCCCAUGGUCCCACCAGGCCCCGCCAACCAAGACAGGACCUCAGUGAGACCCGCCGGUGGCUCCAGUCAGAUGUCUCACCUGAUGACGAGGCCCAACAGGCAGGGAGACAGCAGCAGCCUGGGGGCCUGGCAGCACGCCGCGCCGGGCUUCCAGGAGCUGAAAGCCGAGGUGACCGAAGUACCCGCUCCGGACGCCAGCCAGGACAACACAGGUUGUGGGGAGCUGAUCUCGGUUGGGGAUCCGGUCACCCACAGAAAAACCGACAACAUCGCGGGUAAAUACGGCGUGUGGCUGCAGGACCCCGAGGCCGCCCCCCCGUACGGGCCCGGCAUGAUCUGGCGCAUCGACACCAUCGGCACAGAUGUCCGGCAGAUGUUCGGCUACGACGACAUGGAGCAGCUCUCCAAGGGCUUCCCGUCCAAGGUGCUGCUGCUGCCGGACCCCCUGGAGAGCACGGGGGCCACCCUGUACCGGGGCUCGCUCUACUACCAGCGGCGGCUGAGCCGCUCCCUGAUUCGCUACGACCUGGCGGCGGAGCACGUGGCGGCCCGCCGGGAGCUGCCCCACGCCGGCUUCCACGGCCAGUUCCCCUACUCCUGGGGCGGCUACACGGACAUCGACCUGUCGGCGGACGAGAAGGGCCUGUGGGCCGUCUACUCCACCAGCAAGGCGCAGGGGAACAUCGUCAUCUCCCGGCUGGACCCGCGCAGCCUGGAGGUCACGCGCAGCUGGGAGACCAGCGUGCGGAAGGCCUCGGUGGCCAACUCCUUCAUGGUCUGCGGGAGGCUGUACACCGUGGCCAGCUACGCCGCCCCGGACACCGCCGUCAACUACGUGUACGACACGGAGACCGGCCGGGGCAGGGCCGUGUCCAUCCCCUUCAAGAACAAGUACGGCUACAACAGCAUGCUCGACUACAACCUGGCCCAGAGGAGGCUCUUCUCCUGGGACAACUUCCACCUGGUGUCCUACGAGCUCCGGCUGCAGGCCCAGUGA